UCAGUAAUUCUUUUCCGGUUUACCUGUGGAGCGUGCGAGACGUCUGCCACAGGCACCUGUCCAAGAUGGGCGCGUACAGAUAUAUCCAAGAGUUGUACAGAAAAAAGUUGAGCGAUGUUAUGCGAUUCCUCUUGCGUGUGAGGGUAUGGCAGUACCGUCAGUUGACUCGUAUGCAUCGCGCCCCUAGGCCUACAAGGCCCGACAAGGCGAGGAGGCUGGGAUACCGCGCUAAGCAGGGAUUCGUUAUCUUCAGAAUCCGUGUACGCCGUGGUGGCCGCAAGCGCCCCGUGCCCAAGGGUGCUACCUAUGGUAAGCCCAAGAGUCAGGGUGUGAACCAGCUGAAGCCUACCCGCAACCUACAGUCCAUCGCUGAGGAGCGUGUUGGUCGCCGUUGUGGUGGUCUGCGUGUGCUUAACUCAUACUGGGUGGCCCAAGACUCUUCCUACAAAUACUUUGAAGUCAUCCUGGUUGACCCCUCACACAAGGCUAUCCGCAGGGAUCCCAAGAUCAACUGGAUAGUGAACGCUGUCCACAAGCAUCGCGAGAUGCGUGGUCUCACAUCCGCUGGCCGCAGCUCCCGUGGUCUCGGCAAGGGUCACCGCUUCUCACAGACCAAGGGAGGCUCCCGCCGUGCUUCCUGGAUCCGCCGCAACACUCUGCAGCUCCACCGCAAGCGAUAAAUGUUGCGUUAGACAAGUCAUUGACUUUCUACUUGAUUUUUUUCUUAUUCUCAGAUGGAAAGCCAGUGUCAAAUAAAACCUUACUUUACAA